UUCCCCUCGUAAAAAGUCUGCUCAAACUUUUUCCCCUCUCUUCUUUUUCAAGAUUCUAAUUUCUCAACCUCUUCUAAGCUUUUGAUCCUCUCUCGAAACCUUCAUCAAUCUUUUUAUCCAUCUCAAUCAAUUGAUCGACUUUGAUUCCUUUACAACCUUUACAAUCUUAGGUAUCAGGCCCUUUUCAAAAGACGAAAGGAUAGCUGGAAAGUUGGAAAGCUGGAAACCUUGGAAGAUAAAACAUACACAAUCUAUCUGCAUUCAUCAGAAAAGCCAAAAGCACUCGCUUCAGCACUUCCGACACAAGCUCUGUCUGAUUCACAUUAACGAAAACAUCCAUCAAUCCAUCCAUCCAUCUGGAGAUUUACCAAGAAAAAAGAUUCAUAACAGCAAACGCAUUUUUGGCCGUCUUCAAAUCAUUUCGUACCAUAGCAUCACACCAUUCAUCAUAACAUCAAGCUACAAUUCCCAUUAAGCUUAAUUCAAACAUUGUGAAACGGAUAUCUAGUUCUGAUAUAAAGCCAUUCAAUCCCCAACCACCUACUUUUGACCGUUCACGACCAAACGAGCGAACGAACCUCAGACUAACAGGACCAACCUCAUUUCAAAGUUCCACAAAUAUCCCUACAAUUCUCUUUGAUAAUCUCCACCACAACCGAAUUUCACGACGAUAAGGUGCUAAGCCUCGAGAUCUUUUGAACAAAAGUUGUAACGAGACCCACAAGAGCGAUAAUCACCAUCCACUUAUCUGCUUAUACAUAGAAAUAUGCAAAACCAAAAUCACCCGCUACCCUCGCCCCCGGGCAAUCAGGAGCGGCCUGGGAACCGCCAAAGGACAAAGACCUCGUCUGGCUUCAGUUUACAUUCUCAUAAGAGCAGUGGAAGUGGACAUAAACUUGAUCUCACAGAAACACAUCAAGAGAAAGAAGCAAAAAGACUACAUACCAAAGCCGACCCAUCUCUGGCCAUGACUGAAGCAGAACCUUGUGAGCAUUCUCAAAGAUGAUGGAAUUUCAUAAUUCGCAGACUGACAUUUUUUUUUACAGCCGCCGUUGCAAGUGACGUUCCGACUUCAUUAGCACCUCUUCGAGCAAUUCAACACAGAGAUAAGCAGGGAAACCCUAUCGGUUCGUCAUAUUAUUCUACUACAUCAUUAAUCUUGUGCGCUGAUAUAUUUGUACGUAGCGGAACCCGAUCGUUCAAAUCCUACAAGAAGCAGAUGGGAAAGACCCUUGGAUACUAUUCGAGCUUUUGAGGCAGCUAUUGAUGGAAACUAUUCUUCGAGGAAAUCAAUGAUACGCGCUGGUUAGUCUCCUACUAAUGCUUCUAUAUGCUCAUCACUUCGGACUUGCAAUUCUAAUUCUUCUACUCAACAGAAUCUGACGUUGGCUCGACACAAAAUCGUCGAAGCAGCUAUUUUGCAGGUUGGUCCAUACCAUUUCCUCUCAUUUUUCGAUUUCCAUUUCUCUCAUCUGCAUUUUUUGGGCACAUACAUCUGAGACAACUGUCUAUCCUGUUUUCUUCUCUGUAGCUCUCAGCUAUUGUGGUCCGUGUUCACUAGCCAAUGCCCAUCUACCAACCGAGCACCUUUUCCAUGAAAUGAAUGGGGAUUUUGGCAUCUCGCAUGCUUUGGCGUUUUUCAUCCUCCUGUGGAUCCUUGAUAAACUAUUCCUCAAGCGCGUGGGAUUGACAACUGUCGCACAUACGCUAACAGAUCAUCCUAUAGCGAGUCAGAUGAACAAUGACGAACGACCAAGAUAUUCUCAGCCGGGCUCCUAUGGGGGAGGACAACAAUCCCACAGGCAAAAUAGCCAAUAUAGUGAUGGACGAGCGAAUGGCGCGACGAGGCCUGACAGCUAUUAUACUACCGAUAAUCAUGGAGGUCCCGGUCAUGGAUAUACCACCAACAGAUCUCGAUAUCCUCGAACAGCAUCGGAGCCACAAUUCAACAGUGGUGUAUACACAGCACCUGCAGGACAGCAACACUCAUAUGAAACUGUGACGACGGCUUCUGGUAGUGCAAUAUCCGCAGACCCCGCGGGUUAUUCAACCGAUCCCAGCAGCUUAAAUAGUUCAGUAGAUGGAAUUCAUGCAUUACCGCAGCCACCAAAGGAACCUAUGGAGACAUAUGGCUUCAAUGGAUUCGGAAACAAUCCACAGUACCUUCCACCCGGAAGUGGCAUCAAUGAGCAAAAUGGAAUGCGAAGGCAGCAGAUUAAUGGCUUGAACCAAGGACCUCCGCCCACAAACAAAGACAGCACACCACGAACUCCAAUCAACCUUGGUAUCACAAGUGGAAAUUCUGGACCUCAAAAAUCGGUCGUCGAAAUCACCAAAUCAGAUGUCAAACCUCAGCAAGAAAAACGAAAAAGCUGGUUUGGAAGAAAGUUGAGCAAGAACAAAUAAGAUGCAGGUCAUUCUUCUUCAUCAAGCUAAUUUACACAAUCUAUCUAAUACGAAUUAUUCGGAGAGGAGAACAUGAGAUGGAUGUAGGAUGUUCGUAUUGUUUUUUAAUGAUACCUAUUCAUGACGGGCAAAUAUAGGGGGGUUUCAAAGGAUAUAAUGGAAUACACUUGGAAAGGAUUGGGGGGGUUUUUUGCAUCAAGUGGCGCAUGGUGUUUUAUUUCUCUUGUGUC